AUGGAUAUUUUUACGAUAAAGUCUGAUGCAUCAGCGGGCAAGCCACACGAUAGCCAUCUCGGCAAGCUCGCAAAUUCCUCUGUGCACUUCAAUCAGGCGAGUCCCGGCUGCCCGGCGGCCAGCAUACCGAGAAGGACCCCGGCCGGCAGCUCGCACGCAGCUGACUGCACGCCAGUGCUGGCCGGUUGGCCAGUGAAUCUGAUGGCUGAAGAUGAUACUGAGGAUGAAGCUGGAAAUAAGGCUGAGCAUGACGCUGAGGAUGAGAAUCAGUAUGAAGAUGAAGAUGGGGAUCAGGAAGAGGCUGAGGAUGAAGCUGAGGAUGAGGCUGAGGAUGAGGCAGAGGAUGAGGCUGAGGCUGGGGAUAAGGUUGAGCAUGACGCUGAAAAUGAGUAUGAGGAUGAAGAUGAGCCUCCGGAUGAGGCUGAGGAUGAGGAUGAAGAUGAGACUGAGGCUGAAGUUGAGGAUGAGGCUACCCUACGAACACAAUUUGAAAAUAAUACUAAGGAUGAGGCUGAGAAUAAAGUUGAGAAUGAGGCUGAAGAUGAGGCUAAGAAUGAUGUUAAGGAUGAGGUUGAGAAAGAGACUGAGGAUGAUUCUGAAGAUGAAGCUGACGGCAAAGCUGCGAAUGGUGCUGAGGAUGUAGCUGAGGAUAAUGCUGCAGCUGCAGCUGAAGAAGAGGCUAAGAAUGACACCGAGGAUAAGACUGAGGAUGAGACUGAGGAUGAUGCGGAUGAAGCUGGGGAUAAGGCUAAGAAUGACACUGAGGAUGAGGAUGAAUAUGAGAAUAAAGAUGAGGCUGAGCAUAAGGCCGAGGAUUAG